GGGCGCAUGCGCAGAGAGGCGCGCAUACUGUACGCGGUGCGGAGAGCAGAGGAGCGGUCUCAGAUUGCGGGCGUCUGGGCUUUAAAAGCGGGCGUCUCCUCGCGGCUCCGCAUCAGCAUCUUCCGGCGAGAGAACAGCGGAGCAAGCUGACGAUUAAUCAUUUGCGAUGAUGUCACUGCAGAAGCCUCCCCUCAGACGCAGCGCAUCGACCGUAGAAUCGACCAAUCACAGCGGGCCUAUAUUGACUCCGCCCACCUCGCUCAACUUACGCUCCUCCCACAACCAGCAGCUGAGCUGCGACACCAUAAAGGAGGGCGUGGUCGCCGUUUCCAAGGAAACACAGAGCUCGAAAAGUCGACAGAAGUAUGCGCUGACCAAUAUCCAAAAUGCAAUGGGUUUAAGCCAAAGCCCCGCCCCUUUGACCCAAAGCCAUGCCUCCUCUGACCGAAAACCCGCCCACCCCACGAAAUCCGCCUCGUCCUCAUCCCUCUACUGCUCCUCGCUCUCCUUCUCCACCUCCAAUCCCAAACUGGCCAAAAACGGCACGAACCUUCAGCUCAAAGAGGAGCAGCUGGACCUCAACAAGAACGACAGGAACCUGGUGAGGAGCAGCUGGGAUUGGCUGGAGGGGAAGGACAACCAGAAGAACCCCACCAUCAGGAGGAGGACCAAGAGCUUUCUAGAGUACCAUCGAGAAGAGGAGGUGCCGACCAGCCCGAAUAAAGACACGCAGCCCGAGGAGAAACACCUCCUGCCCAAACUAGAGGCGCAGACGUGGGCGAAAGAGAACCACGUGGAGGUGCACCUCACCCUCCCCCAGAACCACCUGCUCCUGCUGGCCAGCGAGGAAGAGGAGGAGGAGGAGGAGAGUCCUGGAGAGACGCUGGAGGUUCACGAACACUCGCUCCGGCCCAAUAACGAGCGCAUCAGCCGCAUCAGAGACGGGUCUCUGCUGAGGAGUCCGUUACGCCUGAAGCUGAGAGGAGAUGAGCCGGAGGAGUCGCCCGAACGCCCGGCCAGACCCGAGAAACAGGAGGAGGAGGAGGACUCCAGCUGGACCACGCUGUCACAGGAGAGCCCGUCUGUGGAGACGCCUCAGGACACAGGUGUUUGGGAAGAGCCUCCUCAGGUUCAGGACGUGUCUCAGGAGUGUUUCUGGCGUGUUUCAGCCGAUUCCACUCCGCGAGAUCAGUCUGUGUCUGGCGAUGCCCACUCUGACCAGGAGGCGGAGCCGAGGCUGAAGGGGGCGUGUCUUCCUGUGCCCUGCACUAAAGCACAGACUGAGAGGCCCAGCAGCAUCGUGUCGGACAGCUCUGUUGAACCCGUUCCUUCAUCAGCAGCCUCUUCACCCUCCUCUUCCUCGCUGUGCUAUGAGGCGAUGGGCCGCGCCGCCGGGCUCCUCAACAACAACUACCUGGACCUGACAGAGACAUGCGAGUCCCGCGAGAGAGAGCGACAGAUGAGCCGAGUGAGUCUGGGAGCUCAGGGCGGCCCGUACAGCUUCAUCAACCACAGAGCUAAAGUCCCAUCAGCCCCCGCAGACACCGUCAUCCCCAUCAACGACCCGGAGACGCAGGUGUUUGCGGUGUGUUAUCUGGGCUGGCUGGAGGUGCGAGACGCAGAUGUGCGGUCCGUGAGGAGCGGCGCGGUGUUGAGCGACUGCAUCCAGCAGCUGCAGCAGCGCAGAGAGACGCAGAGGCCGAGGACUCAAGCCAUGCUGCUGGUGCUGCAGGACAUCACUCUGACCCUCAUCGACCCCGCUGACCACACCCUCCUGCACUCUCAGCCAAUCAGCUGCAUCCGCGUCUGGGGAGUGGGGCGGGGCUUCAGCAGGGAUUUUGCGUAUGUGGCCCGUGACGAGAACACGCGUGUGUUGAAAUGCCACGUGUUUCAAUGUGACAGUCCCGCGGAAAGCAUCGCCAGCAGCCUGAAGCAGAUCUGCUCGAAGAUUAUGGCUGAUCGCAGGAGCGCCGGCUCCGUCGCUGGCUCCUCGUCUCAGAUCAGCUCUGAUGUUCCUCUGAGAGUAGAGUUUCCAACACCAAAGACUGACCUGCAACACAGUUUCCACGUGCUUUACCUGGGAACGACGACAGUAGUGCGGCCUAUAGGAAUGGACAUGAUUAAUGGAGCAAUAGACAGUCUGAUGUCCUCCGCAGGGAAAGAGGACUGGACCCCCGUCCUGCUCAAUGUCGCUGACGCCACCAUUUCUGUCAUCAAAGAAAAGGAAGAAGAGGAGGAAGUCAUAGUGGAGUGCCGCGUGCGCUUCCUGUCCUUCAUGGGCGUGGGGCGUGAUGUCCAUACGUUUGCGUUCAUCAUGGACACGGGAAACCAGCACUUCCAGUGUCACGUGUUCUGGUGCGAACCCAACGCGGGGAGCGUGUCGGAGGCCGUGCAGUCGGCCUGUGUGUUGCGGUAUCAGAAGUGUCUGGGGAAGUCCGACUCCUUGACUCCGCCCCCUACUGACUCCGUCACCCGCCGCGUAACGUCCAGCGUCAAGCGCGGCGUCCAAUCAAUUAUAGACACUCUGAAAAAGAAGCCCGCCCCCGAGGUUCCCCACCAAUGACGGAGCAGAACGGCUGUGAUUGACAGCAGGGGUGUGUGUGUAUUUACUGAUGCAAACGAGAAGAGAAACACAGGCCAACAUAA